GUCACUCUCUCUCUCUCUCUCUCUCCAUAACUCUCAGGGCACGAUCUCCGUAUCUCUCUGACUCGCAUUCGCACUCGGCAAGCCAGUAAGAGAUUGUUUAUGAUAUGGAAACAAUGGAGCGAUUAAGGAUUCAAUUAGAAGAAUGGAUACCUCAAGUUGAAGAAAAGUUCCGACAAAUGCCUCCAAUUCAAAUCUUGAUCGCACUGGGAGUUAUAUUUUUGACAUACGUUAUUUUCUUAGUUGUUUUCUUGCUCAAUCGCAAACCACCAUCAGAUACCAUUAUUCUUAGUGGGCUUAGUGGCAGUGGCAAAACUGUUCUCUUUUACCAGCUUCGAGAUGGAUCAUCCCAUCAGGGUACUGUGACGUCGAUGGAACCGAAUGAAGGUGUUUUUGUGCUGCACUCUGAGACAACCAAGAAGGGCAAAAUCAAGCCUGUACGCAUUGUCGACGUUCCUGGGCAUUCUCGUCUUCGGCCCAAACUAGAUGAUUACUUGGUUCGAGCAGCUGGCAUAGUUUUUGUGGUGGAUGCUUUGGAGUUCUUACCAAACUGCCGUUCCGCUUCAGAGUACCUAUAUGAUAUUUUGACGAAGUUUAUUGUUGUCAAGAGGAAAAUUCCAGUGCUCAUCCUCUGCAAUAAAGUGGACAAGGUUACUGCACAUACCAAGGAGUUCAUCAGGAAACAGCUAGAAAAAGAAAUUGACAAACUCCGGGAAUCAAGAACUGCUGUAUCAUCGGCUGAUAUUGCUAAUGAUUUCACGCUUGGGGUACCUGGAGAAGCCUUUGCCUUCACUCAGUGCGACAACAAAGUGACUGUUGCAGAAGCUUCUGGUUUGACUGGUGAUAUAUCUCAGCUGGAGCAGUUCAUUAUGGAACAUGUGAAGUUUUAAUUGGAUGUCUAAUUUGAUAUGGAAGGAGUCAUCUGGUCCUUCUCCUGGUUGCUGGACCUUUUCCUAGGGGAAUAUAACAAAAUGAAUUGCCUGAGAGAAGAUACAGGCAAAGAAGGUGGGGGAGCUCUUUCUGGUGCAUUCUAAUGUUGUGUUCUCUGAACUAAGUUGGAACUAUUAUGCCCCUUUUUGUCAGUAGAUUCCAAAUGCUAAUACCAUUUAUAUUCUGGUUUUGUUAUUAACUGAGGAUUGACUUCUUGUUUGUCAUUUGUUUCGGAGGGGUUCCUGCUAUUAGAUUCAGCCUUGAGUAUUUGCAGUAGAUUACUGUAAUGUCCAGGUGGGGAAAUUUGUUGGGGGCAUUUGGAUAAUUUGAUUGCAAUUUGGUUUGAAACGCUGAUAAAAACAACUCUAAGUAGCUGCAAGCAGCCCUUAUCUUCACCUUUAUUGGUGUGUGUUGGUUUCAUAUUCUUCAGGGAUGUAAUAUUACCAGUCUUUAAUUUUUUUUCUAUGGAGAAACUAGUAAUCAUUUUUUGGACUAGAUGCUGUACAUGUUAUAUUAAGUUAGUAAUAAAG